AUGCGCCAGUUUGCCACUGUCUCGUACUCGCCUUGGGCCAAUCCCUAUUCCACAGGGCCCAAUGCCGGCAAGAGCGCCUAUGCAACACCAGCCGCACAGCAACCAGUAUAUCGCCGCAUAGUGUUUCCACCCGCCCCCAUCUUCUACCAUCCGGACGUCGAACAGGUCGUGGGAGAAGAAAGCGAUGACGAUGAUUCCGAAGAGGGUCAAACCGGUGUACCCGUUGAUAAUGCCUUGGUAGAGGCUCCAGAACCACCGCCAUCUACCGCACCCGAGCCCACACCUGCGCCCGAGGCGCCUAGUGAAGCCGUGCCAGAGGCAGCUCCAGCACACCAACCAGUAGAGCUAGAGCCGCCACCGGCUUCUGACCCGCCAGCUGAACCAGUACCUGUACCAAGUGCGAGUACAGAGGAAAUCGCCGCGCAGUCAGAGGCCCCAGAAGCACCAUCCAUCCCUGUGGAAGACAAUGCCGGUGAAGAGGCUAAGCCAGACGAUGUCAAGGAUGAACCGCCUGGGGGAAUUGCUGGCGAUGCGACGGCAAAAGAGGGCGAAAACGUGACUCCGUCAGCCACAGCGGAAGCCUCUUUGUCCGUCGUCGAUAAGCCUGGCCCUAGCGACGAUGCAGCUGCGCCGGUGGAUGUACCUGCCGAUGAUGGCCCGCCUCCACCACCUACCGAGCCUACCCUAGAAGAGUCCGCCACGUCGGACGAACCUGAACAGGUCGCUCCAGUUCCCCCUAUCGUCACUGCCCAAGAGCCUGCUGAGAAGAGUGGUGAGUGUGAGCAGGCUGCUCAAGAGCCCCCGAUGUCCCCAACUACAAAAUCUGUUCAUUUCUCCCCUGACGUAAAAGACCCAGACGCCGUUAGCAUUGGCAGCAAGAAGAAAGGGAUCGCGAAGAAGCUUGGCAAAGGCAAGGCCACCGGUUUCGUGCGUAUCAGAGAUCCUGUUCCCGUCCGACCGGCGUCGCCAGAGGAGAAGAAGAAGCCCGGUAAAGAGGACAGAAAGAAAGCUGUCAAGGACAACAAGAAGAAGGACAAGCCAUCGAGUGUUCACAAGGCCGACAAAGAGCCUGUAGAGAAGGAGCCAGCGCCAUCUACGUCGUCGAAGAAAAAGCCCGGCAAAGCAGACGAGCGAAAGAAGAAGAAGCACGACGAGAAGGAAAGGAAGUCAAAGGGCAAGAAGACUAGGAAGGAGAGCGAUGCUUCCCACACCGAGGAUGAACCCGCAGGUGACGGAGACGAACAGCCCGACGGCUCUGUGAUUGCUUCGGUCGCAGCACCGCCCUCCGACGACCCUCAACCAGCAGGUGAAGCACCCGGAGAAUGUGUUACCAAUCCACCUGCCGAAGACCAGCAGGAGGAUAGCACCGAUGCUACUGAACAGAGUGCGCCGGAAGCAAGCCCGACAGAUGGGGACGGCCAGCCUGCAGACCUAGGACCAGCAGCAGUAGAUGAGCCGCCUGCAGAGGAGGUUGCAGCUUUGGACCCAAGCGCACCUGGGGAAGAUACGCCACCCUCAGAAGAGCAAGCUUCACCAGAGAAGGGCGCUGUGACCGAUGAAGUAGCUCCUCCAGAAGAA